AUGGAUGUGUGGCUUUCGCAGGGCCAGGAUGUGUUCACCAACAAGUGGGCCGCAAUCGCAAAGCUGCUGCCCGGGCGCACCGACAACGCCAUCAAGAACCAUUGGAAUGCAACGCUCAAGCGCAAGCUGUCCAGCGGCGAGCCCCUCAACAACGCCUACCUAGACGCCGGCUGCACCCUCGACUGGCUGCUCUCCCACAAGGACGCACCGGCCCCGGAGCCCCGAAACCCGGGGCCGGCAGAGCCGGUCGCGGCGCCGGCAGCCGGCGCGGCGCGCCCCGGAAAGCGCAAGAAGAGGCGGCUGGCCCGCGGCAUCAAGAAGCGCAAAGCCAAGGGCGGCAAGGCCUCCCAAGCGGCGGUGGCCGCCGCGCAAGCCGCAUUGGCUGCUGCUGCUGCAAGCGGAGCGAGCGGGGACCGCACGCCUGCCCAGCAGCUGCCAACCGAACAGCAGCGCGAGCAGCAGCAGUCAAAGCAACAGUCAGAGGAGCAGCUGCGACCGGCGUCGCCAACCAGGGAGCUAGACGAGCAAUGCCACCAGCCCACACUCGCCUUUCACAGCCACAUCAGCGCCGGCAGUGCCGCGCAUGACGUGGCCACGCGCGAUGCAGCCGCGCCGCCACGCACCGUGGCCGGCCCUGCCUCCUCCAGUGAUGCCAGCGCCGCCGGGUUCAGCUGGCGGCCCGCCGCUGCCGCCGUCGUCACCGCGCCCGUGGAUGGCCGCAGCAGGCCGCCUGGCAGCCCAUGGAAGCAGCAGCAGCAGCAGCAGCAGCAGCAGCAGCAGCAGCAGCAACAUGAGCGGCAUCCGAUGCACUCUGCGCACGCGGAGCAGCACCGAGCGCGGCAGCAAGAGCUGCUGUACCACCGCCAGGCGCUGGAGCUGCGGGUGAUGCAGGAGCGCCAGAGGGCCGAGGCGCUGGCCCUCGGGCUGCGUGUUCAGGAGGAGCAGCAGCGGCUGCAGGCGCAGUGGCAGUGCCGGCUGCUGCAGCAGCAGCAGGGUCUGCGGGAGCAGUGGGCGCACUUUGCGCCCAAUAACCACUAUUUCAGCUCCUUGCUGGGCGGCGGCACGGCAUACGGCCAGGCCGGCGCAUUCGCGGUGCAAUGCCAGGAGCUGGCGGCCUGCCCCGCGCCGCACGAGCCAUGGGCUGCAUUCUGUGGCGACCUCCUCGCGGCGCCCGCAUGUGGCUCCGCGCCCCUGCUCGCGCAGCUGCCGCCCGCGGCCGGCACCCGGGUCGGCCGGCUGAUGUCGCCGGCCGCUUUUGAUAUGAUGCUGACGUCAGCAGGCACAGAUAGAUAG